AGCGGUCGCCUCUUGAUUACGCCACAACUUUCUCCAGACAUGACUAGUCGACGUCUGCUUCAUCCGACUCUCCCAUGAAUAUUUACUAGAUGUCAUGAUUACUCGUGCAUUUGUUUGGCGAGUGUUUCCAUAGUGUGUGUUGACGUUUAUCAAUAUACAUUGCCGUGCCAUGUGUAGGCGGCUAAAUAUUUAAUAAUUGUCUAUUUUCUGUAGGGUUAAGAGGAGUUCUGGCUGUUAAACCGACCACAAUCUGACUCUCACCAGCAACAUGGCGUCCUUUGGCUGGAAGAGGAAAGCGGGCGAGAAGGUGUCCAAGUCGGCGGCUCAGCAGUUCGAGGAAAAGGACGACAGCGAGGCGGCAGACCGGCAGCGGCGUGACGGGGACGGCCAAGUGGACUGGCAGAGUAGGAGGCGCCGUCGCAGGGAACUGUUAUCUGAUCUUUGCAGCAGGGGUAGUGGACCCUUGAUAACCGAAUUCUAUUUACUCAGCCAAGAUGGGCGGCACAGAGAUGCUGUUAAGAAGUGGGACGAAGCCAUUCAGCUGACUCCAUACGACCCACUGCUGUAUGAGAUGAAGGCCCAGGUGCUGACGACACUGCAGGAGGUCUUCCCCGCCGUCAAGGCGGCAGAAACGGCGGUGAAGCUGCGGAACGUGUGGUGGGAAGGCUGGCAGACUCUGGGCCGUGCCCAACUGAGCAUGGGAGAGGUUGACCUGGCGCUACGGUCGUUCCAGGUGGCCGUCCACCUUCGCCCGUGGGAGCGCGCCCUGUGGCAGGAUGACCUAGCGUGGGCGCGGACGCUGUGCCGGCAGAAGGCGGCCGCAAGGGAGAACCUCGGCCGCCAAGAGGAGGCCGACCGGCGGCUCUUGGAUGCCCCGGAACUCCAAGGGGACUUUGACUUUGAGUCGGACGAGGUGGUAGCGGCGUGCGAGGCCGUCGCCCAGCGCCAGGCACGCUACCGCAGCCUCAGCGCGGGCGCCCUGGUGGUGGACGCUGCGGGGAAUGUGCUGGAAUCACGGGAGGGAGCGUCAGGAGAUGCGGCGGAGCCCUUGCAGGAAGACUUUGUCAAAAUGAGAAGACUCUGAACAGGUAUGCAUGACGAAAUAGGUCAAAUCAUUGAAUGUGUGUGCACAAAUAACAUAUCUUGCCCUAGAACUGUUUCCCAACCAAGGCAUGUAUUUUACAUAAAAUAAAUAUGACACGCUGUAAAAAAAAUGUACAUGAAAGUAUGUACUGAUGAUGUCAUCUCAAUUUUAUCAAAGAUUUUAUGACUCAGAAAGCUAUUUUGCUGUUGCAUGAAAGGCAGCAGGUGUCGACACAGUAGCUGUUAUUUUGACCUUCUGCCAUCUAGUGGAAGAGCAUGUCAUUGUUCUUCCUGUCACUAUACAUCCAUUGCAUAGAUAGAGGAACAAUGAUACCCGAUUUGAAUUAAAGACCCUCUAAAGUGAA